UAAAAAAGAGAGACCUGUUUACUUAUCUUAUCCCAUUAAUAAUUAAUAUUCCCAAGCUUCUUUCUUUCUCUUUAUUCCUCAAUUUAUUUUCUCGGUUUUAUUAAGUUGAAGGAGUCUUGCUUUGAUGGAUGGAAUGUACGGUUUCAACGCCACCGCGGGAGAGUACGGUGACAAGGCGUUGAUGUCACCGGAAAACACGAUCCUCCCAUCAGAUGACCAUGCUUGGCUUUGCUCGUUGGGUCGGGUUCCGAUGUUUGGAUCUGACGAGUUAAUCUUCGCCGCCUCUGCCAUAUCGGAAGGUGCUUCCAUCACCCCUGAAAUUCGACUAGAAGAGGACAUAUCAUGCGUCGUUAAAGCCAAAAUCGCUUCCCACCCUUCCUUCCCGCGCUUGCUUCAAGCUUAUAUUGAUUGCCAGAAGGUCGGGGCGCCACCGGAAAUAUCGAGUAUACUAGAUGAAAUUCUGAGGGAGAACGACGUUAACAGGCGGGAUGUCGGCCCAACCUGCUUGGAAGCCGAUCCUGAGCUCGACGAGUUCAUGGAAACUUACUGCGAUAUGUUACUGAAAUUCAAAUCUGAUCUCUCGAGGCCAUUUGAUGAAGCAACCACCUUUAUAAACAAGAUUGAAAUACAGUUUCGAAAUCUCUGCACCGGUGCUUCCAUUAGAGGUCCUUCUGAUGAAGGUGGAGUAUCAUCGGAUGAAGAUGUUGGUGUGGGUGAGGUAGAAGGGCAGGCAAGAAGCGAAGAAUGGGGUCUGAAAGAUAGGCUGCUUCGGAGAUUUGGCAGUCAUAUAAGUAGCUUGAAGUUGGAGUUCUCCAAGAAGAAGAAGAAAGGGACACUACCAAGAGAGGCUCGACAAAUGCUGCUUGAAUGGUGGAAUGUUCACUACAAAUGGCCAUAUCCAACGGAAGCCGAUAAGAUAGCAUUGGCUGAAUCGACGGGACUAGACCAGAAACAAAUAAACAACUGGUUUAUAAAUCAAAGAAAGCGGCACUGGAAACCAUCGGAGAGCAUGCAAUUCACGGUUAUGGAUAACCUGUCGGCACAAUUAUUUACCGACGAUUGAGGUCAGGCGACCGGCGGUGUCGAGUCAAAUGUAUAUCCCACAUCGUUAGUUAAUUAUGGUUUUAAGUUGAUCAGCUUUGUUUCGUAUGCGCCUUCAAUGCCAUGUUCACUCAGAAUUUCACGUUCUCCAUCGCAUGCAAUUCAAAAUAC